GUGUUCCCAAAUCAAUUAUCUCACCCAUGUUUUCGCAACAGCUGUAAAAAGAUAAGAAACGUGAUUGUUCUCUAUACCGUGCAUUCUUAUUGAUUUGUUAUUAUUUUCUAUUUCCAAUUAAUUUACGAAAGUUCCUAAAAAAUACAAGUCAGUCAACUUUAUUUAUUCUUGAUGUUAGAAAUAUGCUGCGCCAUGUAUUGGUACGUCCACUAUCCACUAUGAUAUCGGCCAAAGCAGUUAGUCCCUCAAUUCCUAAAUAUGGAGUUGGCACGCAGCCAUUCACCGUCUUAAUAGAGGGAAAUAUUGGUAGCGGAAAGACAACUUUUAUCGAACAUUUCCAGAAAUUCGAAGACAAAGUCUGCGCCAUUGCCGAGCCCGUGGACAAGUGGCGAAAUUUCAAAGGUCACAAUUUAUUGGAAUUGAUGUAUAUUGAUCCAGAUCGUUGGGCCAUGCCAUUUCAAUCGUAUGUAAUGUUGACAAUGUUGGAGCGCCACACACAGUUGACCACCAAGCCCAUUAAAAUAUUGGAGCGUUCUUUAUACAGUGCCAAGUAUUGCUUUGUUGAAAAUUUACACCAAAGCGGUCGUAUACAUGAUGGCAUGUAUGAACUAUUGAAAGAAUGGUAUAAUUAUGUCGAGGAUAUUACCCACAUACAGGCCGAUUUAAUUGUUUAUUUGCGUACAACACCUGAAGUGGUAUAUGAGCGUAUACGUAAACGAGCUCGUUCCGAGGAGGCAUGUGUGCCCUAUGAGUAUAUAAAGCAGUUGCAUGAACUUCAUGAGGAUUGGUUGAUACGAAAACGUGUGGGUCAUAACAUUAAGGUACUAGAAAUCGAGGCGGAUCUAGACUUAUCUGAAAUUGACCGUGAGUACAAACGGUCUGAAAAUUUUAUUCAUGCUUCAAUGCAGCAACAAAGGCCUGCGGUGACGGCAUCUCCGAGCAAACGGACGGAUUUUUUAGGAUAGAUAAUUUACGUAGUGUUUUUAUAGGCCAUUGAAUUUUUCUAUAACCAGGUGUAAUAGUUCACGGCAUCACUAACUUUUACAAUAUUAGGAUAUAAUUUUGACUAAAAGAGAUUCUUUUCCUAUAUCGAAAUAAGCUAUCAGAGGUACAUUUAUUAUUAUAAUUGUAAAUGACAACACUUUAUCCCUUUCGCUACGACUUUUGCAGGGCAUUUACACAAAUUUUAUUUUUUUUAUUUUUUGGAGACCAAUAGGACGAUUAGAUGGGCAAAAAUCAAACGAAGCUUGUAACUUAUAUAGAUGACAAUAUUUUUAGGUUAGAUUUAUGGGUCCAAACAGUGUUUUGGAAUCGGCGACGUAAGUUCCAACAGUGUACAAACCACACAAAAAAACUGCAAAAACUUACGCUUUGCCAUUUUAUUUAACUUAUGAGUGUGCCGAAGCAAAAUAUUAAUACAGAACGGCAAUUUACGGACCCAACAAACAUUUUUUUUUCUUUUCUCGCCUUUUCGCUGGGCGCAUGUGAAGCAUGUGGCAGUAUUUCAAACUCCUCUAUGGCCAAAUGUAGAUUUACUUCCUUUUCCAAUUAGUGGCUCUACAAUAUCGACAAGUACUGUUAAAAAAGUUGCGAAUAUAUAACCCAACAGACAUUAGCAUGCCCCGGUAAAGAACUUGUUUCCACCAUUUGCUUGAGUUUUUCUUUAUAUCAUACAGGGCCGUAGAGAGCAUAUUCGGGCCCCGGGGGAAAAUUGCAAAUGCGGUCCCUUUCCAAUUAUUUCUAAUUCAUAUAAUUCGAAUUACUCUCGAGUCCGGGCCCGGGGGAAAAAGUACCCGAUUUACGAUUGGGCUUGCAUGCUCCCAAACCUGAAUUUUGUAUUUUAAAGAAAUGAACAGAGGUAAAAAAAAAUUCAAAAGAAACUCUGACGUCAGGGCUUGUUGUUGUAACAGCAUAAACAUUCCCCGUGCAAAUACGAGGAAUGCUGCUGAAGUGACAGUCCUUGGCCGGAUAUAAAUCCGGGCCGUUCCGGUUAAGUAGAACCGACUGUCGUGGGAAGGGCUCGAAAUCGUUGCCGUAAGAUCCUCGGCACUCGCUCAGUGAGCUAUCUACUGCAUCACUAGAAAAAUCAUCACAGCCAUUGAUUUUGGCACAGGAAGGACUAUAGCAAUCAAUUCCCAUUUCGCUGGUCUCAUCGUCUCCCUGAAGUAUUGCAUUCAUGUAUUUCUUCGCUAAACUAUUUCGUCAUUUUUUCAGUCUACAACAUCACAAAAGGGAAAAAUAGCAUGUAUGACUUAUGGUGCACAAGGUACUGGUGGUACAUAUAUACCCACUACAAAACCCUAUUAGGGCAACGUGCCAAUAUUCCUUUUCUUCGAAUAUUUUUUACGAACCACAUUUAAAAAUAUAUUUUCCUUCUUACCAGUAUUAGUUCAGUAUUUUGUUUAAAAAAAUCACCACCUCUUUGAAUAUGUGAAUAUUCCUUUGCAUAAAUGACGCAUUUCUCAUAAACAGCUGAAGAAAACAAAGAAGGAUUGAAUAUGUACAUAUGUGGCCAAGAUAAUGGUAAAUUGUAAAUAUUGCUCAUAACUACUUAGUGAGACUUUUUGUUUGAGUUUACAACGGAAAUUGCGAGUUUCAGAGUCAACCGACAGGCCGUAGGACGCGAGUGUCCCUGCAUUAGCGAAAGGCUUAAAAUUAUUUUCAUACUUAUGUAUAAGAACGAUGUGCAUUUUAAUUUGGUUAUAUAAAAUAUUUAAGUUGAUUUCUAAUAUACAUACAUAUAUAUUAAGGCUGCAAUCGUGUGAUUGUUGUGAUUCCCGUUUCAAAAGGCUAUCUCGUACCAUGUAAACAUUGACAUAAAGAAAAUCACAAGAAUAAACCUGUUGACCAGCUAUAUAAAUAUUAAAACGUAAAGCUUUAACACACAAUUCUUUGUGAACAA